AUGCACAACCAUCCAACCGUACGCAUCUUGAAUGCUUCAGAUAGAUCCUUGCAAUGUGGUCCCGAGCCCAGUGCCGAGCGAGAAACGUCACAAGAGGAGCAUAAGGAUGCUCAAGGCCAUGUCCCCCCUCUUGCGCAGGCGUCGUCCGGGUAUCUGAAGCUGAGGAGCAACCUCAGCGGCAAGAACACGAGGAUGACCUCGCCGAAGCUUCAUCGACUUCCUUCGCUCGAGAAGGACGUGUACACGGCCCAGAUCAACGAAGAGGAGCAGCUUGUGUGCAUGAGACUUCGAGGCGGCACCGGAUGUGCGCUGGAGAACAACCUCUCCAUCAACUUCAAGGAUUCUGACUCCUUCUCGCCCGCCCGCGGCGCCGUGCACACUAAGUUCAUCUGCACCAUCGGGCCCAUCACGCAGUCUGUGGAAAUGAUCAGCAAGCUGAUCGAGUCAGGAAUGAACGUCGCGCGUAUGAACUUCUCUCACGGCGAUCACGCGUAUCACGCGCAGACGAUCGCCAACAUCAGAGAGUCGCUCAAGAAGAGCAAGAGGAUGUGCGCGAUCAUGCUGGACACCAAGGGCCCUGAGAUCAGGACGGGGAUGAUCAAGGAUGGCAAGGAGAUCAUGCUCGAAAUCGGGCAGGAGUUCACCCUCUACAACGAUUGGGACAAACCUGGCGACCAGAACGGUGUGGGUCAGAGCUACGCGAACCUGGCAGAAUCUGUCGAGAUUGGUGGCGUCAUCCUCAUCGACGACGGUUUGAUCGCCCUGACCGUGAUGGAGAAGGACGGGGGUAACGUCAAGUGCAAGGUGAUGAACAACGGUCUCCUCGGCUCAAAGAAGGGCGUCAACCUUCCCGGCUGCAAGAUCACGCUCCCAGCCUUGACUGAGAAGGACAAGGGAGACUUGAAGUUCGGCUGCGAGCAGGGGAUCGAUUUGUCGCCGCUUCCUUCGAACUUCUUGAAUGAGAACGGGGGGGAGAGAAUCAAGAUCAUCUCUAAGAUUGAGAACCAGGAGGGUCUGCAGAACUUCGACGAGAUCCUGGCGGUCACCGACGCCAUCAUGGUGGCGCGUGGAGACCUUGGAGUCGAAAUCCCAGGAGAGAAGGUCGCCCUGGCGCAGAAGAUGAUGAUCUCCAAGUGCAACAUUCAGGGGAAGCCGGUCGUCACUGCCACUCAGAUGCUUGACAGCAUGAUCUACAACCCCCGCCCCACCCGCGCUGAGACUUCCGACGUUGCCAACGCCGUGUUUGAUGGGACUGACUGUGUGAUGCUCUCGGGUGAGACGGCCAAGGGCAAGUAUCCUUUGCAGGCGAUCGAGAUGAUGGUCAAGAUCUGCAGAGAGGCGGAGAAAGUUGUCGAUCACACACAGACCUUUGCUGCUCUGAGACAGUAUGCCAAGACUCUUGGACCUGAUGAGAUUAACGAAGCCAUCGCUUCCUCUGCCGUUAAGACUGCCUUCGAUCUCCGUGCAUCUCUUGUGCUGUGCCUCACAGAGACAGGUCGAACGGCUCGACUAGUCUGCAAAUACAAACCUAUGGCGCCAGUUCUCUGCGCAACAUCCGACGAGCAGGUCGCCAGACAGUGCCUUGUGCUCCGAGGAUGCUACCCAAUGGUCGUGGGCUCCAUGGUUGGAUCUGCUUCUCUCAUCGCUCGCUGCCUCGCGACCGCCAAAGUGAACGGCCUGUGCAAGGUUGGCGACGUUUGCGUUGUCAUCAGCGGCAUGAAGGAGGGGAUCAGUGGAGGAACGAACGUGUUGCGAGUGCUCAAGAUCGAGUGA